CCAUCCAUCUCGAUCACCCGCAGACGCUACGUAGGUCGAACUGGUCCACGCUGCUUCCAUUCAGCUCGAACAACUUGAAAGACUUGGCCUGCGCUUCUGACAAAUCGGAGUCCCUACCUACCGCCAUGAACGGGCGUCUUCGAGUAGGCAGGCAGGUAUAGUAAGUGUUAGCCAAGCUAAGGAGAUGUAUGCCAUGACGACUUGUCUUUGCGGCUCAUAGAACUCGUGAUCUGACUGUAGUCGCCUCAAUCUCAUUUCCUAUCGCUCUCGCCAGGUCUCCUCCGAACGCUUCUAUUUCAUCACUUCGUACCCCCUUGGACUUGGAAGUAAAAGCUACUCGGAUUUCUCUGCCCGGGCCCUUCACUGAAAUGGUCGCCUGCUGUCUCAACUCGUUCACCCAUCAAUGCACACCAAUGUAGGCUCGAACCCCAGAGCCUUGUCUCAUGCAUUGCACGCGCCCUCUCCCGCAUAGAUCCAGUUGGUAACUAUCAGGUCUUACUUCAUAAGCGUACAUAUAUCUCCAUCUGGAUCUAAGCCUCCAACUCCGCAAUUGUGCUUCUACCUACCAUUCUGGCUCGCAUCAUAUCGUCAACCAUCAAAGGCGCCCAUCGGUCUGCCUCACCACUCUCAAUAGCCCGCACAGCCAGCCGUAUCCGAUCCGUCUAGAUGCCCCCUUUCAACACUACUCCGCCGCUACUUUCACUCAUUGGCCGAGACACAAUUGUGCACGUUUCCAACAACACCAUUGAGCCCGCAGUCCAAGUUAUAUGCGCUUGGCCGGUUUCCGGCCAGUAUGGUCUUGGAACACGGAUAAUUUACUAUAUCCUAGUCGCAACCUGCGUUCUAGCACGGAGGACCGAAUGGCUUAGAAACGCAUGUUUAGCUGCGGCACUGCUGCUGCCAGCCGUCGCUGCUAUUCAUGCUGUAGUGUUAGCCGCAGUUCAUGUAGAGACCGCCGUCGAUAUGGAUAUAUACGGUGCCUUCCAGAUUUGCUCUAUAGGAAUACUAGCAGCACCAAUCACAGUAUACAACUCUAAGACUUACUUCAAUGAUCCCGGAAGAAACAUUAUUUUCAUAUGGACAAGUCUUCUCCUCGCCGGAAUGCUAAGCUUGACCGUCGAAUUCUUUCGUACCGAGCCUCACAGCUGCUCCUUUGACGAUAUGGGAACCCCAAUCGACCCUUUCAACUUGCUCAAGUUCCCCUAUGGCAGUGCAGACUGCGGCCUGCAAUGCGUAUUUGGUGAAGGUGGACCAUAUUCUCCAAUUCGCCGCGAUCCCACGGCUGAACCCGCCGUAAUUCCUGUACCACACAGGCUUUCCUUCAGUGCAGUCACCCUCCUUGCCGCCGGCAGCUCCAUACCUCCCGUACUCACGCUCAUAUUCACUUGGGAAAAAAUCCUGGAAAUUAAUUGGAAACGACGGUUCGCUCAAGAAGAAAUAAGUGGUAAUGAUCUCAUCGAAGGAACUAAUGGGGCUACCCCAAAGAUGAUCACCUUCAUCAACGGCACUAUCCGGAGCUUCCUAAGUAGCAUACAGAUUCCCGUGUUUAGCGGUAUUGUUAUUGUCUUGCUCGUAUUGGGCGAACUCAAUUUUUCUAGCCGGCAAGUUACUUAUCAAACAGAGCCGAUUAGCAGUGUAGGACAAUGGGCGAACCUGGUAGCGACUGCACUAGUUGUGCUUGGCUCGUUGUUUUAUGUGAAUGCUCAAACUGAUGGGGAUGAAGAAAAGGAGGACGCGGGUUCCAACCACUCCCAAGGCUCAAGGAGUCCUAGACCACGGCCCUCCACACAGUGCAAUAGCGAUCAGGAGAGUAUACGCAGCGGUGGCCCAGUAGCCGCUUGUGACACAGGAACCGUCGAACGAAUGGAUAGCUAUAGCAUCCAUGACCCUCCCACGCCUACACAGUCUCAUGACCAUAGAGUGGAAGCCAGUGAGCUAGAAAGCGUCACUAUGAAUAUGACUUAUGGGCCAGUCUCUUUGUCAAUUUCAAACAAGCAUAGGAAUAAGGUGGCUACUCUUCUGAGCCAGUUUGGGGAGUAUCUUGGCACACCAGCCCCGGACCGGUAUGACAACUCGGUUUUUCAAGAGGGCAAAGCAGAAUUUCCCGAGAUACCGGGCGAAGCUGGGCGGGUUGCCGGCUUCGAAGAUAUUCGAGAUUGGUAUAGAAGCAGCCACCAGCAAGAAGAUAAGGGGAAUAUCAUGCCUGGGCUAUCUAGAAUUGGUAGCGCUGCUUCCAUCCGUGGCUUUGAAGGGAGCUCUGCAGACCGUGAUACAUCACCAUCACGACCGCCUCGAUCGCCCUCUCGCUCGAGUACAGUGCCAGCUGCGGAGAGGGAAUCUUCGCCACCGGAGCUAAGUAGGAUAACAACAUCGCCUGUCACCAGUUCAGCUUCGAGGGCAAGACGGGACACACUUGAUGUACCUCACCGGCCGAAGCCGGUACACAUACGCAACAGGAAUAGCUCAGCAUCUUCUUCACAUUCUCCGAUCAUGAUCCUUAACGCAGAAGGUUCACCAAAGAUUGUGGUCUCAGCCGAGCCUGAAGAGACGUCAGAUGCUACACCUACACGCACCUCACCACCGCUGGAUUCCCCAUAGGCCGGGAAUCAUAGGGCCUAUAAUGAACAGGAUAAGACGCAUUGUCGUCUGACCCUUACCGUCAUACCACCUACCACCCUUUGAAUCCGAGGGGCGGCUUUGACCUCAGCUCCUAUAUAAACUAUCGCAAUAUGCACCUAUUACAGCAUCAUUUGCGACGAACCUGCGAGUAUAUGUCGAAAUAUCUUGUGAUAUAUAGCUAGAGAUUGCUCGUCGCAAUUUCAUUCUACAUACUUGCCAUUCACACAGCAUAUAUGAUCAUGAUGGAUAGUGGGAGAGUUCCAUAACUUCGCAAGAUAACCCAAAGGAGUUCAACACCAGGUAGGAAACGGCGUUAGAAAAUGGCAAUGAUUUAUGAUCAAACGUAUGAAUGGCCUUGCAUUCUCGGUAAUGAGUGUCAAUGGGCGAGCAGACACGUGCCAGGAGACUUGCAUCGGCAUACAGGCGUAUCCUAGAAGGGGAAAAGAUGAUAUGAAACUGGAACUCGGAAAAAACAUUGUCCACGUAUGAGGACUUGGAUUAACAUGUAUAUAAUAGUUUAUUUUGGGCGCAUUUGGGAGAAUGGUAUACACCGGAUCAGCGAUUGAAGAGGCAAGGCGUAAGGGAAUAGGCACAUCCUAACAUUAGAAGGUGUCAAAUGGCAUAGAUACAAUACCCAACUGUUCAGUUCAGGAGAU